UGGAUAAGUUGUGUGAGCCCCAGCAGAAACCGCCUGAGAACCACCAUGGAAAUCAAAACGCGUGUGUAUGCAGGGCUCAUCUUUCUGGUGCUCCUGUCUUCUGUUCAAGUCUCAGCGCUGGACUGCAACUUUCUGAAACACCGGCAAAAAGUAUUUAAUCUGCAGAGCCUGGAGCUGUGGCGAGAGACGAGCACAAAGUUCUCUCCAGAGUGCCUGAAGAAAACGACCAUGUUCAACUUUCCUACAAAGAUCCUGGAAAUACGUGAGUCGCAACCGGCCACGGAAGCCAUCUACGAAAUCCUUCGUGGGUUCCUCAACAUCUUGAGCAGUGACUCACUGCAGACUGUCUGGAAGGCCACACAGAGAGAGAGGUCUCUCCAGAUGGUGCAUGCACACACCGAAGUCCUCAAGAGUUGCCUCGGAGGAAGAAAAACUACACCGGGGAAGUUAGAGGAACGGAGAAACAAGCUGGAGCUGAAGAAAUAUUUUCGAAGGAUCAGAACGUUUCUCAGAGGGAACGGAGGCAGCACCUGCUCCUGGGAGAGCCUGCAACAGGAGGUCCGAGCAGGACUCACGUACGUUGACAUACUGACAAAGAGAAUGAGGAGGUAGGAAACCUCUGCAACCAUCGUUUGAGGAACUGUCAGAGGAGCAGAGAAAUGACAAACUGACAGCGAAUAUUUGUGAAACAUUCGCAGAGACAAAUUAAGGAUUGUGAAACAUUCGCAGAGACAAAUUAAGGAAGCUAUAAGCCAGAACUUACCAAAGAAACGGGAAGAGCUAAAGGGCUUUAUUAUAUGUAAUGUACAGAUUUUGUAUAGGUGUUUUAUUUUUUUAAUGAAGCUUGAGAUGUGUUAUUUAUUUAUUUAUUUAUUUAUUUAUUUGAUGUGA